AUGCCGCGCCGUCGGCCUCCCGGCAGGACGUCUGCCGCUUUGAGCUCGACCCUGAUCGCCCUACUGCUCGUGUUUCCUUUUGUGGCCUCCGCUCAGCAGCAGCAGCACGGCCACCACCAACACCAUGCCGUCCGCAACUCCCCUCGCGAGGAGCUCCUCCGCGACACGGCCGACCAUCGGCCGUGGUCAUCCGCCCACCUAGACGCCCUGUCCGAGUCCGCCGCUCCAGGGUCCAACCAGCGCAGUCCCAACCUCAACAACUACCGACACCGCAACGUGCCCUUCAUUCCCAAGAACGAGCGCGCCAUUGCGACUUUGGCUCCAGCAGACCCCGAGUUCGCUGUUCGAGCACCUCCUGCCAGGUCGGCCGCCGGCCCCUCCGGCGGCCUCUCCUCGCGACAUCGUGCGCGGUCCCUGCAGGAUUGGGAAGUCGAGGAUUUUGUCCUUCUGGCGACCGUUGAUGGCAAGAUUUAUGCGAGAGACAGGAACACCGGCGAGGAGCGAUGGACGCUCUUCGCCGACCGCCCCAUGGUCGACAUGGUCUACCACCAGCGGAACAAGUCCGAAGGCGGCGACAUCCUGGACGACAGCCCGGAGUGGAUCGUCGAGCCGAACCAGGAUGGCGAUCUCUACGUUGCCACGCCCGCCCCCAACAUCGGCAUCCACAAGCUGAAUCUGACGGUGAGGCAGCUCGCCGAAGAGCUGUCGCCCUACGCAAGCGACGAUCCGCCAGUUGUGUACACGGCAGAGAAGAAGAACACGCUUUACACGGUCGAUGCCGCGACCGGCCGAAUCCUGAAGCAAUUCAGCUCUGGAGGCUCGUCCGUCAUUGACGAGGGCAGCUGCCGCCGGAUCAGCGGGCUCGAGGGGAUCGAUGAGGACGAGUGCGAAUCCAUCGGGACCCUGGCUCUCGGUCGCACCGAGUACACGGUCGGAAUUGCCAACAGAGACACGGGCACCCCGAUCUGCACAAUCAAGUAUUUCGAAUGGGCCCCCAACAACAGGGACCGCGAUCUCCAGCUUCAGUAUUCGUCGACCAUGGACAACAAGUACAUCUACAGCAAGUACGACGGAAAUAUCUACGCUCUGGACCACACCAAAGACAAGGAACGAAACGUCUACCACAACAAGUUCGACUCUCCUGUUGUCCGCGUCUACGACAUUGUGCGACCGUUCCACGCAAACUCUCGUGACACAUCUCUGGUUCUUCUUCCGCAGCCUCCUGGGCCUGCCACGGUCCAGGAAUACCAGCAGGACGUGUUCGUCAACUGCACCGAAAAUGGCAGCUGGUAUGCUAUGUCUGAGAUCAGCUACCCCGCGGUUACCGACGGUGCCUCGCCGGCUCUGUGCUACACGCUCAACUGGAAUGACUUUUCCGCAGUCAAUUGGCACGCGCAGCGAGGUUCGCUCAAGCCUUUGCUUGUUGGCGUCCACUCUUUGACGCACACCGCUCAUCCCAUACCGAUGAUUGGAGGCGCUGAGGAUGUCCUCCCUAUCGGUGCGCCAGAGGAGCCGGAGCCGGAGCCUGUGCAGACUGAAAUCCCCCCUCCGAAACCGUCCAUUGCCCAAGCUCCUGUGUGGCACCUAUCGGUCUGGACAUUCUUGGUGGCGACUCUCUUCCUCAUUCUCGGCGCUUCGCUGAGCGGCGACUGGAAGAAAACCCUCCACAAGCCGCUGGAGAACUUUCGGUUCAAUGCACCCCAUCCUCCUCCUGUGUCGCCAAGCGUGCCACAGAUCGAGGUAUCCGAGUCGCCAAAGGAAGAACCCGCCGCCGAGCAACCGCCAGAAGAGCGCAAGGUGAGGUUCCAGAUGGGCGACGAGGAAAUCACCGUCCCCGGCGAAGAAGUACCAACCGAUAACGGCACUGAGGGCAACUCGCAGCCCAGUCAGACCCCGACACGAGUUGAUUCGCCCCAGCCUGCUGAAGAGGGCGAGAACGGACAAGAGACGCCAAAGAAGAAGAAGGCUCACCGUGGCCAGCGUGGUGGUAGGAAGCGCAACAAAAACAGGAGGAACAACAACGUAGAGUCCGAAGGUGAAGAGACGGAGAAGAUUGUCGCAAACGUCAAGAAAUUUGGUGAAGAUUCACCCGAUGGUGCUGAUGGUGGCUCCACGAAUGGACAAAGCAUGUCGGAAUUCUCCUCUGCCAAACAAAUCCACAACUUGACCAUCACCGACAAGGUGCUUGGCAGCGGAAGCGGAGGUACAUUCGUGUUCGAGGGGAAGUUCGAAGGGCGUGACGUUGCGGUUAAACGAAUGCUCCCACAGUAUUACGAGCUUGCCGACCAGGAAGUCAGUCUACUUACCCAGAGUGACGACCAUCCGAACGUUAUCCGCUAUUUCUGCAAGCAGAAGGACGAGAAUUUUCUUUACAUUGCCGUCGAGCUCUGCCAAGCCAGUCUUUGGGAUCUUUACAAAGACGGCCGAGCAGACGACCCAUGGACGGAUCAACAGAUCAGAUUGGUCAAUGAGAUCAAUGCCGACGUGCCAAAGGCACUCUACCAACUUGCAGCCGGCUUGAACCACCUCCAUAGUUUGCGAAUCAUUCAUCGCGAUAUCAAGCCGCAGAACAUUCUUAUCGCUUACCCGAAGAAAAACCAGACUGGAGGCCCUCGUUUCGUCAUCUCGGACUUCGGACUCUGCAAGACCCUUCCGGACAACGUCAGCACUCUCGUUGGUACUACAAACAAUGCGGGCACCAUUGGCUGGAAAGCCCCGGAGCUUAUCCUCAAGCCGAAAGAAUCUGAAGGACGCAUGAGCUCAAGUCAGCGGGAUUCGUCAACGUCCAACGAUCCCGUCACCCAAGGUGUCAAGAGAUCGGUAGACAUCUUCUCCCUUGGUUGCGUCUUCUUCUACGUUCUCACCAAUGGCUCUCACCCAUUCGAUGAUGAGGAAGGCUGGAUGCAGAUCCGUGAGCUUAACAUCAAGAAGAACAAGUUCAAUUUCAGUAAGCUUGAGUACCUGGGCGACGAUUCGGAGGAGCCGAUCCACCUCAUAUCUCGCAUGCUCUCCAAUAACCCUGUCGACCGGCCUACCGCUAUGCAAGUCAUGCAGCAUCCUUUCUUCUGGUCGCCUGAGAAACGCCUUACGUUCCUCUGCCAAGUUUCGGAUCGAUUCGAAUUUGAACCGCGUGAUCCGCCGUCGGCAUCUCUGUGCAGACUGGAAGCGCGGAAUGUUGAUGUCAUGUGCUCUGCACCCAAGGGCUCAAACUCCAGCCAUGCGUACAGCAAGUUCCCAGACUUCCUGUCGAAGCUGGACCGCAAGUUCAUCGAUACGCUUGGCAAGCAGCGUAAGUACAAUGGCGAUAAGAUGCUGGAUUUGCUGCGCGCUUUGCGCAACAAGAAGAAUCACUACUACGACAUGCCACCCGAUGUGCAAGCCAAGGUUGGUCCGCUUUCGGACGGAUAUCUCAGGUACUGGACCACGAGAUUCCCCAAACUCUUAAUGGUUUGUUAUGAGGUGGUCGUGGACUGUGGCUUCGACCAAGAGCCCGGUUUCAGGGCCUAUUUUGAGCCGACGGCUCCUUAG